AUGAAGAAUUUUGUAUUUUUGUUUCGAGAGACUCCAUUAUCACAUUUAAGAAGUGUUCGUGAAAAUAUAUAUUGUAUGAAACGAUUUUAUAGUUCAAUAAGCGCAACUAAAUCAGGUCGAGCGAAAGUUACGAUACAUACCAUAGAAAAAUUGUACAAGAACAAAGAGGCAAUCACUAUGCUCACCGCGUAUGAUUAUCCUUCGGGAUUAUUUGUCGAAAAAGCAGGAAUCGAUAUUUGUCUUAUAGGUGAUUCAUUAGGAAUGGUAGCAUUAGGUUAUCAAAAUACUUCACGGAAUACCAUGGAGGAAAUGCUUCAUCAUUGUCGAGCCGUCGCUAGAGGUGCAAAAUCCCCUUUCUUAAUCGGUGAUAUGCCAUUUGGAAGUUACGAGACGAGCCCUACAGAUGCAUUGAAAAAUGCUAUCCGUUUUAUUAAAGAAGGAGAUAUGGAGGGUGUAAAAUUAGAAGGUGGAUUAGAAAUGUUGGAAACAAUUCGAAAAAUCACACGUGUAGGAAUUCCUGUAAUCGGUCACGUGGGUUUAACUCCACAACGACAAGCUUCUUUGGGUGGAUAUCGGGUUCAAGGAAAGACCGUUGAAAAUGCCAAAAAGCUUAUUGAAGAUGCGAAAACUCUUGAGGAAGCUGGUUGUUUUGCUAUAGUGCUUGAAGCAAUAUCUGAACCUGUUGCAGAUUAUGUAACGAAAACGUUAAAUAUACCAACUAUAGGUAUUGGUGCGGGUGCUGGCACGAGCGGUCAGGUUCUAGUUCAACAAGACAUGUUAGGUUGCUUUGAUCGUUUUGUCCCUAAGUUUUGCAAACAAUAUGCCAAUCUUGAUAAAGUUAUAAUUGAUGCCAUCAAAACUUAUCAUAAAGAAGUAAAAACCGGAAUAUUUCCUUCCACUGAACAUAGUUAUCCAAUGUCAAAAGGAGAAUAUGAAAAAUUUUUACAAUUUAUCAACGAGAUCGAAAAGAAUUCCGAUAAAUAA